UUAGAUGAAUGUUGAAUAACAAGUAAAGCUGAAGAUGGAUAUGUUCAAGAAGACUACUUUUGUAAGGUUUUGCUUUGCGUCUGCCUCCAUGUUGCCAGAGGAACUUGGACUGUCAACUGAACAGCUGAUUUGUCUGUACAAAGAAUGCAUAGAGAUGGCUAAACACUGUUAUGAUAUAGGUACCAUGAUAAAAUCAUGCAUGCAGUACGUAGUGCAUAGCAACAGCUUAGGUAGACAUGCUGAUUCACUGAGGUGUCUGAAGGAAAUAUUACCGUUAGCUGUAACAAUACCAUGUUAUGAGUUAAUGGUUCAUCAGUUUUUGUCCAUCACAUAUAGGGAGCUCAACGAGUUUGAAAACGUUGUCUUGCACGCCAAGAAAUGGAUCGAAAUUGCUCAAACUAUAGGCGAUAAAGAAAACGAAAUGUAUGGACAUCAUGAAAUGGGAAAUGCGUUUUCAUUCUUAGCUCGUUAUGAUGAUGCUAUUGACUGUGGCAAAAAAUGUCUUAAAAUUGCCCAGGAAAUUGAUAGUGCUGAAGGCAUGAUGAUCGCAUAUGACUGCAUAGGAGUCGCAUAUAAAUACAUGGAGAAAUAUGAUGACACUAUUCUGUAUGCGCACAAGCUCCUUGAUUGCGCCUUGAAAAACAACGAUCAGGAGGCUAUGAUGAAUGCGUACUUAAUGCUGGGAGAUGGGUUUUCAUCCUUAGCUCGUUAUGAUGAUGCUAUUGACUGUGGCAAAAAAUUUCUUACAAUUGCCCAGGAAAUUGAUAGUGCAGACGACGAGAUGAAAGCAUAUAACCUUAUAAUGGACGCAUAUGAAAACAUGGAGAAAUAUGAUGACACUAUUCUGUAUGCGCACAAGCUCCUUGAUUGCGCCAUGAAAAACAACAAUCAGGAGGCUAUGAUGUAUGCGUACUUAAUGCUGGGAGAUGGGUUUUCAUCCUUAGCUCGUUAUGAUGAUGCUAUUGACUGUGGCAAAAAAUUUCUUAAAAUUGCCCAAGAAAUUGAUAGUGCUGAUGGCGAGAUGAAUGCAUAUAAAUGCAUAAUAGUCGCAUAUAAAUACAUGGAGAAAUAUGAUGACACUAUUCUGUAUGCGCACAAGCUCCUUGAUUGCGCCAUGAAAAACAACAAUCAGGAGGCUAUGAUGAAUGCGUACUUAAGGCUGGGAAAUGCAUUUUUUUCCUUAGCUCGUUAUGAUGAUGCUAUUGACUGUGGCAAGAAAUGUCUUACAAUUGCCCAGGAAAUUGAUAGUGCUGAUGGCAUGAUGAUGGCAUAUGACUGCAUAAGGGUCGCAUAUGAAAACAUGCAGAAAUAUGAUGACACUAUUCUGUAUGCGCACAAGUUCCUUGAUUGCGCCAUGAAAAACAAAAAUCAGGAGAUUAUGAUGAAAGUGUACUUAGAGCUUGGAAGAGCACAUCGUGCAUUGAACCACUAUCAAGAGGCCAUUGACUUUGGACAGAAAUGCAUUGAAAUAGCAAGGGAAAUAGAAGACAGACGCAUUGAAGUCAGGGCUUACCUAUUAAUGGGGCAGAUAUAUAACGCUCUUUCCGACUUCGACAAUGCAAUUAUCUAUGGCAACAAGUGUAUUGAGCUUGCAAUAACUAUUGGCGAUAAAGAUGUUGCGGCUCAUGCUUAUAGCUUACUUGGAAAGAUAUAUUAUUCCUUGGAGAAAUACGAUGAUGCCAUUUCCAACUGCAACAACUGUCUUCACAUUGACAAGGAAGAUAUUGAAGAAAAAAGUGCUCACGUUACUGCGUAUCUGACUUUGGGAAAGGUAUACCAGUCUUUGGAGAAAUACGAUGAAGCCAUUCAGAAUUACCAGCAAUGUAUAGACAUCGUGAACCGUUUUGGCAUCGAAAAGAGAGAGGAGGCCGGUAUUUAUAGCUUACUUGGAGAUAUAUAUUAUUCCUUGGAGAAAUACGAUGAUGCCAUUUCCAACUGCAACAAGUGUCUUCACAUUGACAAGGAAGAUAAUGAAGAAACAACUGCUGACAUUAAUGCAUAUCUGACUUUGGGAAAGGCAUACCGGUCUUUGGAGAAAUACGAUGAAGCCAUUCAGAAUUACCAGCAAUGUAUAGACAUCGUGAACCGUACUGGCCUCGUAAAGAGAGCGGAUAUAGCAGCGUAUCUGGGUAUAGUAGAGAUAUAUGUUAUACUGAAACAUUACAAUGAUGCAGCACGAUACUUUAAGAAAUGCAUCGACGUGGCACAGAAAACUGGUGAGAAAGAGAUUGAAGCACGAGCAUGUCUCGUUCUUUCGUCUGUAUACCACGCAUCAGGUGAUAAGGAAAGCAUCGAUAAUGUCAUCCAAUACGGUAAGAAAUGCCUAGACAUCUCUCAAGAAAUUGGCGACAAAAAAACUGAGAUGGAAGGACAUGUUAUUCUCGCUCAAGUAUAUAAUCACUCGUUGCAGUCGAAUGAAGCGUCUCAGAGUAUAGAUGCAGGCAUGGCGAUUGCUACAGAGCUUGGAGACAAAGAAGCUGAAGAAAAAUUAAAAGAAAUUCGUUCUACUCUUUAUACCAGAGUUGGUUUGCGUGAGAAGGUUGAUGCUCCCUCAGUAAAGGAAUUAUUAGAGGUACCAACAUGUUCUGAAGAUGAGCUUCUACAGGAUCUUGACCAAGCGGUGAAGACAGGCGAUAAGUCAGAGAAACAUAGAGUUUUAUUGAGGCUUUACAAUUUGUAUCAUGUCAAAAGAGAUUAUGAAAAAGCAAUCAAUUGCCUUGAGCAGAUGAAGGAGAUGGACAUCGGUCGUUCUUUCAACUUGUUCUGUUGUGCACAAAUCGGAAACCAGUAUCAUUCGAUGGGUCAGAAUGAAAUGGCUUUACGCAGUUUCGAAGAAGGUCUAUCUUUUGCUGAGUCUUGUCCUGAUAAUGAUAGGCACCUAUCCCAAUUCUAUCAUUGCUUUGGUCAAUUAUUGUAUGAAUUGAAAAUAGGACUGGACUUGGCAGAACAUUGUCUAAGAGAAGCUAUACGAUGCUUUGAAGCGAUCUUUACCACACUUGGUACUCAUGAUGAAUUCAAGAUCUCAAUUUUCGACGAAUAUUUUCAUAGUUAUAAGCUGUUGGCAAUACUGUUAAUCAAAGGCGACCAGAUGAAGGAAGGGCUUUUAGUGUUAGAUCGUUGUCGUGCAAGAGCCUUGAAAGAUCUUAUGAUGUCACACUUCAAGAUGAAACAAGAGGAGAGCAAUGAUGAACACCUAGAGUACAGCGAUGUUUUGUCUCUGGUCUCAAGAAAUGACUUCAGCAUUGCCUUUUACUCACUUUGUUUUGAUGGUUUUCUGAAGUUUUUUGUUGGAGGGGAGACAAAUUUGCAUUAUUCAUUGUGUAGUAAUCAUUCGCUACAGAUAGACGUCGUUACGUUGUUUAACGAAAUGGGUGUUCGUGAGGUGGUUAACUGUGAGAACAGGUCCUUGGACAAAGAAGAAGAUAUUCAAAAAGAACAAAGAAGAAGCCAAGAAGAAUACGAGGAACUUAAUCAAGCAACGGCAUUACUGCUGAACCUCGAUUCGAACAGAGGAGAAUCUAAUGAGAAUAGUGCUGAAACCAAGGGAUCUACUCUAGAAGAUCUAUUUGAUAUAUCAGAAUGUGAUAAAAUACUAUCGUCGAAGCAAGAAGAGGUUGUUAUUAUUCCCGAUGGUCCCUUAUACCAAGUGCCUUUUCCCGCUUUACAAGAUCCUCGCACGGGAAAGUAUUUAUCAGAGACAAAGCGCAUUAGACUUGCUCCUUCAUUAGCGACUUUAAAGCACUUUGAAGACUUCCCAACAGACCAGACCAGCGAUGCCAAGCCUUUGAUUAUUGGUAAUCCWUUGGUUGGGAAGGUAAUGAUGGAUGGAGAAGAACAGGAUAUUGACGGUUUGCUGGGUGCACAAGCAGAAGCAAUCGUAAUAGCUUAUAAACUUGGUGUUAAGCCWCUAAUAGGCGAAGCAGCCACAAAGCAGGCUGUCCUAGAGAAACUACAAAAAGGGGUAUCUGUGGUUCACAUUGCUGCACAUGGUAUCCUAUCAAAAGCUACCAUCGUACUUGCACCCUCUCCUGAUGCAAGAGCAACAAAGAUCCCAGAUGAAGAAGAUUACAUGCUGACCAUGGCUGAUGUACAGAAGGCUCAAGUACGUGCACAGUUAGUUGUGUUAAGCUGCUGUCACAGUGGACGUGGUGAAAUCAGAGCUGAAGGAGUAGUUAGCAUGUGUCGAGCCUUUCUAGCGUCAGGUGCUCGUGCAGUGGUAGCGUCUCUGUGGGCCAUCGAUGACCAUGCAUCACUCGAUUUCAUGACAUCGUUUUAUGGUAAUCUGAAAAAUGGGAAAAGUGCCAGUACGAGUCUACAGCUGACAAUGAACGAGAUGAGAAACACUUCCAAGUAUACAGAUCCAAAAUACUGGGCGCCAUUUUUUAUCAUGGGUGAUGAUAUAACGCUCAAAAGCGUGUUUGUUAAAUGAUAGAGCAGAUAACGAAUGAGUGGACAUGUUAUAGACUACAAAUAUA